UAUGUGAGGACAGUUCAAUUGAAGUAGUGUAGGAGUGUACUUGUAUGUCAGCUCUCCAAAGUGUACUCUUGAAUACCCACAAUUAAAAAUGUCUAAUGGUGGAUAUGAAGAAUGUUCCACUUAUGAUAACUCCUGGCACAUCAUACCGCCGGAUUAUGUUCACAUGGACGAUGAAUAUCGAUACACAUUAUUGGAUAGUAUGAAGAUGACUGGACCGAUGGGAAAUCCCAGACAAUCGGCCGGCUUUGCAAUCAGUGAUAUUUUGGAAUUGGACCGAAACAGUAAUGUGGGAAUCGAACAUCCCCCGACGGAGGCACCCUUGUAUACGCAUCCUGCACAUGACAUUUCGGGAUAUGUGCCGAUCUCGAGGCACUGGCCGACGCCGUCGGAAGGUUUUCACGCGCACCAACACAUUCCACCCCAUCCCGCCCAACUCAGCCCUGACAGCACUAGUCCCGCGAUAUCCGAGAGAUCCAGCGUCGACCCCAUCGGCCCCGUCGAGAACUUACCAUCGAGCCAUGGCAGCGCCUCCAAUACGGCCGUCAGCGAACGCGAUCCCGACGAAGACAAUUCUGAAGACUCUAAAGAUCCUCACCUAACCGACCAACAAUCCGGAGGGCACAAGAAACGCAAACGACGAGUGCUUUUCUCCAAAGCUCAAACGUAUGAGCUGGAAAGACGAUUUCGACAGCAAAGGUACCUAUCGGCACCUGAAAGAGAACAUUUGGCUUCCAUUAUAAGAUUAACGCCGACCCAAGUGAAAAUAUGGUUYCAAAAUCACAGGUACAAGACGAAAAGAGCCCAACACGAAAAAGGCAUGCAUGAUCAACAAAACAACAACCCUUUGCCAUCGCCGCGGCGCGUCGCAGUCCCAGUUUUGGUCCGCGACGGCAAACCCUGUCUCAGUGGUGGUCCCAAGCACCCCGAUCCCGGUUCGAUGCAAGUCCCCGGUGGCCCCAUGAUGAUGGGCUCUCAUGGGCCUCUCAUGUAUGGCCAGCCCCGAGUUUGGUGGUGAUCGCGUUUCCCCAUUUAAAUGUUCCUCAACCCAUUUUUUUUUCUAAUUUUGAAUAUAAUAUAGUGUAACUAUAACGAAAUCAGUGCGAUCAGAUAAGAUAUGGACUAUUGUGAUUGAAUCGGGCACGUUGUCAAGGUCGAAGAGUGAUUUUUGUCCUCGGCGUUGUUUCCAAGCGUCGGUUUGACGGGUGAAAUAAUGGGGAACGCCGCCGACAAACUCGCAACUAGUUUAUGUUUUUCGAUGUAUUUAAAAACYCUGUAAAUGAUUGUAUAUGUGUAAAUAGAACUUGUAGACUUGUGUACAGUAGGUUAGAAUGGUUAAAUUCAGUGGCCGAAGUCAUAGUCUAAUCUAGUCUACAUUUUUGUGGACGUCUGAUACUUACGUUCGUUCUCAAUUGUACAAAUUUAUUUAUUAAUGCGUAAUAAAAGACAUUUCACCACU